CGUCCUGGGGACAUGAUGGCGGCGGCGGCGGCCGGGGGGCUGCUGCGGGGGCUCGUGGGGGCGGCCGGAGCGCGGGCGCGGGGGGCGGCGCGCGCCGGGGCCCUGGUGCCUGUGCGGAGGGAGAGCGGCCCGGGGGCCCGCGACCAGGCCGGGGCGGCGGCGGCCGGAAGCCAGCAGCCUACAGUUAAACAGUGGGACGAAGUGACCCAUAAGCAGCUCUCUGCUUUUGGAGAAUAUGUGGCUGAGAUCUUACCCAAAUACAUCCAGCAAGUUCAGGUGUCAUGCUUCAAUGAACUAGAGAUCUGUAUCCAUCCCGACGGAGUCCUCCCUGUGCUGACGUUCCUCAGAGAUCACACCAAUGCCCAGUUCAAGUCCUUGGCUGACUUGGGAGCAGUCGAUGUCCCAACCCGACAGAACCGUUUUGAGAUUGUUUAUAACCUGCUUUCUCUGCGCUUCAAUACUCGGAUCCGAGUGAAGACAUAUGCAGAUGAGUUGACUCCUGUUGAUUCAGUAGUCUCGGUGCACAAAGCUGCAAAUUGGUAUGAAAGGGAGGUCUGGGACAUGUUUGGAGUCUACUUUGCCAAUCACCCCGACCUCAGAAGGAUCCUGACAGACUACGGGUUUGAAGGACAUCCUUUCCGGAAGGACUUCCCCCUCUCUGGAUAUGUAGAGGUCCGAUACGAUGAUGAGGUGAAGCGAGUUGUGGCAGAGCCAGUGGAGCUGGCCCAGGAGUUCCGGAAGUUUGAUCUGAACAGCCCCUGGGAGACUUUCCCUGCCUUUCGCCCGCCUCCUGAGAGCCCCAAACUCGAGGCUGGAGAUAAGAAACCCGAAGCAAAAUAGCUUCUGGCAAGAGCAGAGCCUGCCUUGUAACUGAAUAUUUAUGUAAAUAAAGUCUUGUACCUGGA